CCGUGGCAGGGUCCCGUAUCCGGAUUGGGCAUUCCUGCUGUUGUGGGCGGGCCAGGAGGGCCGAACCCGGAAGCGCCCGUCGCUCGGGUCAGGCUCGGGCGCUGUUGGCGGAGGUCGGCGGCCAGGGUCCCGCAUGGCGGCGCACAGGAAGCACGUGUUUGUUGAGAAGGUGCUGCAGAGACUUUUUCCUAACGUUCCAAGUGGCCAAGAAAAGAAGGAACCCCAGACGCUGGCCAUCCAAACACCGCCCAAGGACGUGACCUCUGAGAAGGCAAGACAGAAGCCUGUUCAGCCUUCGACAGACGCUGGCGCUGAGACCCCGACGGCCAGGCGGCUCUACACGGCCCCAGGGCCUCCGGAGGGCUACGUCCCCUCCUGGCCAGAGCCCAGUAGCUGCAGGAGCCCCGAGAAGGUCUCCAGCGGGGAUGACACGGAAGAUCAGGAUGCUCAUGACCAACCAAAGAGAAGAAGAAUUAGGAAGCAUAAAUCAAGAAAAAAAUUUAAAAAUCCCAGUCAUGUUCUCGUAGAACAGGCAGAAUCGGAGAAACAGCAGCAUCUUUUACAGGACAAGUCUCAGCGACAGUACACGGAUGGCCCCACGAUAAGCAAAAAUAAAAAAAGGAAACUGAAAAAGAAACAGCAAAUUAAAAGGAAGAAAGCAGCCGGCUUGGUAACAAAGGCUGCUGGUAUCAGUUUCAUGUAUCAGCCAGAGGAGAGCGGCAGUGAAGGGGCAGACGUGGGAGCGGCCAGUGAGGAGGGAGGCGCAGACGCCAACGAGGAAGACCUGACACUGGCCAGGGAGGAGGCGGGUGCAGACACUGGGGAGGAGGAGGAUGGUGCAGAGGACAGUGAGGAAGCCCCGGCACCAGCUGGGGAGGAAGACAUUCAAGACACCGAGGAGGAUGAUGGUGUCGAUGCCAAUGAGGAAGAUGAUGAAAUUACCAACGAGAAGGCAGAUAGCGUUCUAAAUUUUUUGAAGUCAACACAAAAGUAUUUCUAUGAUGGUGUCUCCAGAGAUGCAGCUUCGGCCGUCCCUGCGUGUGCCGCCGAGGAGCUGCUGGGGCAUCUUGCCUCACACACCAUGCCGCCCUCAGACGUGUCCAUCCUGUACCACAUGAAAACGCUGCUGCUUCUGCGUGAUACGGAGAGCCUGAAGCAUGCCCUGGCAGUGUUCCCAGAACAUUGCUCGAUGCCUCCUGACCAUGCCAGAGUAAUCUCGGCCUUCUUCAGUUACUGGAUCACACAUAUCCUUCCUGAGAACAGCAGUGAGUGAAAUGGAAUAUCUCUUUAAGAAGAGCUCAUCUUUAACAACAAAAAAAACCGUAAAAGACGAAUGUGGAAUGGGCUGAGAGUGAGUUCUCUGGGGACUUGAAAGAUGUUUCUGCCGCAUUAUUUAUUCAAGUGUUUGUUCCUGAUGCUUGAGAUGUCAUCUGAGACUUCAGAUGGGAAGCUGGGGUGAAAUGGAACUUUUUCACUCAUUUCAUAUUAAUAUGUCUUGAAUUACUACAUAAAACUUGAUUCCGUUUUUCUAAUUAUUGUAAAAGUUGGAAAUGGACAUUCUGUUAAGUUAAACUAUAUAGUUUGAAGCUCAUACACUUUUAUAAGUUUUGAAUCACCUUGUAUAUGAAACUGUUUUAAGAACGUUUUCUGCGUAUUAAAAGGUUCUAGUUUAA